AUGUUCGUACAUGUACGAGCACACCCGCAUGGCCAUAAUUUUUGUAAAUUUCUUCCUGGAAGGCUCAAACCUUGUAAUGCCUUCCACUGCACAUAUACAUACAUACACGUUCUAUAUGCACGCAUUCACCGCAUGCUUGUGCAUGGCCACCACUUUGCUUCCCCCCCCCAUACACUCGUUCCCCUCUUAAAAAUGGAAUACAUGAACAUGCGUAGAAAUACACCGGAGUAUGCAACGCACGGCUAUGUCACAAAUCUAGUUAUACUCACUUGUAAAAAAAUGUAUAACAUCAUGAAUAGCAGUGCCACUUGCCUGCACAAUUUUUUAAUCCAAGUGAAGAACUUUCCUUCCAGACAAUCAUUGCGCUCUUACCUCGUAAUAUAUAAUAUCCUGCUCAUCGUAUUUUUAUUAUUUUUGCUAAUCAAAUACAGGAAUAUAUGUAUAGGCACUAAAAGGCGAGAGCCCUCCCAACGAGGUGCUCACAGGCAGGAGGAUACCCCCUCCGAGGAGGGACAAAACGGAAGCAUGGGGCGAAGCGGGAGCACGGGUGAAAGUAACAACCAGGGUAGAAGUAAGGGGCGGGGUGGAAGCAAAGGAAGGGGAAUAAGCAAAAGAAGGGAUGUGAGCAAAAGCAGGGCAGAAAACCAAAGCAGGAGCAGGAACACACGGAAGGCACAGAUAACAAAUAACAGUCGCGCAACAAGCAAAGCACGAAAUACGGGCAAAGGACGAAACGCAAGCAAAGGGAAAAAAACUCCAAGGGGUAACACAAAUAGAGCCAACGAUCUGGAACAAGAGCAAAAUGUGUCGAGCAUAUUAAACAGCUUAAGAUCCAGAACGAGAAAUCAAAAGGAUAAUGUCCAAGGGGAAAACUUACCUAUAAAUACAAAACGAACUAGAAGAACAAGAUUAGAAAUGACACAAAUAAAUGAAAUGGUGGCAUCGAAUUCGUUAGGCAAUGUGUCUCUGCCUUAUGUCGAUAUAUCCAAUAAUCACUUCAGUUUAAAGGAAGAGGAAAAAAAAAAAAAAAACAUAUUAAAGGGGAAAAAAAAAAAUUAG